AUGGCUGUGCUGUUGGAAACGAGCAAGGGGGACAUCGUGGUGGACCUCUACGUGGAGGAGUGCCCGCGCACGUGCCUCAAUUUCCUGAAGCUGUGCAAAAUCAAGUACUACAACAACUGCCUCUUUCACAACAUCCAGCACAACUUUAUUGCACAGACUGGCGACCCAGAUGGGACUGGAAGGGGAGGUUCAUCAAUCUUUGGGGUUAUGUAUGGUGAACAAGCACGCUUCUUUGAAGAUGAAAUUCGCCCCCAGCUCAAACACAAGAGGAAAGGAACAGUGGCGAUGGCAAAUGCUGGAAAAAACACUAAUGCCAGCCAAUUCUACAUCUCAACCGGAAAGGACUUGGAUUCGCUUGAUGAGACCCACACAGUAUUUGGAGAAGUGACAGAGGGUUGGGAAACUCUGGAUGCUAUAAAUGAUGCCUACUGUGACAAUGAUGGGCGACCAUAUCAAAACAUCCGGAUUCACCACACCAUAGUGCUGGAGGACCCAUUGGAUGACCCGCCCCUGUUGGCAGACCACAUUCCAGACAAGUCGCCAGAGGCUGUGGCCGAUGGGGGCGAUCGGCUUGAGGAUGAUUGGCAGCCAGCUGAAGAUACAAGGCCAGCUGAGGAGAUCGAAGAGGAGGUCCGCCGACGUGAGGCCCACCAUCACGCAGUUGUCCUUGAGAUGAUCGGUGACCUUCCUGAGGCGGAUGUCAAGCCACCAUCCGACAUGCUCUUUGUGUGCAAAUUGAACCCUGUCACAACAGAGGAGGAUCUGGAGAUCAUAUUUUCCAGGUUUGGAAAGGUCACCUCCUGUGACAUCAUCAGGGACUGGAAAACUGGCGACUCGCUGUGCUACGCGUUCAUAGGACUGGAAUCCGAUGAGGCCUGUGAGGAGGCGUAUUUCAAGAUGAACAAUGUCCUGAUUGACGACCGUCGCAUAAAGGUGGACUUCAGCCAGAGCGUGUACCAUAUUUGGCGGCAUUUUCGGCGCUUUGGGCGGAAAGGGGACAAGGCACUGUUGGAGGCGCAGGAGAAAGGGCAGGUCCCUAGAAAGGGGCCAGCACCAAGGCAGGAUGCGUCUAGCGGUGUGGAGAUGAGAAGGGGGAACAGGCCGGAUGACUACAGGAUGGUUCUGGAUGAGAAGGCCAUUUUGAAUUCUACUUUGGAAGACAGUAUCAGGAGUGAUUCAAAGUCAGAGGAUGGCAGGAAAAGGAGAAGAGAGGACUCUCGAGAAAACAGAGGUGCUGCAAGAAGAUGGGACAAGAGGGAUGGCAUGGAGGACAGGGAAGAAGGGAGGCAUAGGAGGGUAGGAUCGGAGGCAGAAGAGCGGAGGGGGGAUGAAAGAAAGCACAGGAGCCGCAGUGAUGGCAGGCCGCAUGGCAGGGAUUAUGCGGGCUCCCAUCCCAAUGAACGCCACAAGAGGGAACCUGGGAGAGAGUGUGGCAGAGUGCACCAGGAAAGGCAUCGAGACCGCAGGCGAAGUCAAUCUGAGGAUCGGGAACACGAUGUGCACAGCGAGGAAGACGAUCGGCAUCAAAGAGUAUACAAGAGGGAGCGUCAGGGUCGCCGCCGGAGAAGCAAAUCAGGCGAGAGGGAGCAUAUUACAAAUGGGGAAGCGAGCGAGAGCGUGAUGAGAGAGCGUGGCGAUCGGCGCCAUGACAAACACAGAAGUCGCAGACGGAGCGAGUCCAAGGACCGAGAGGGAACAAGGGAUCGAGAGGGAGACAGUGAUGGUGGCGGAGGUGCCCACAGAAAACAUCACAGCCACAGGCGACAUGAAUCAACCGAGCGUGAGCAUUCUCAUUCUCAUGGCCGCCAUCACAGCAGCAAGAAGUCGCACAGGCACUGA